AAGUCUAUCUGGGAGGAGGAAUAUUUUGCAUUAUAUCCUUCUCGGUUAUUUAUUUCCAAAAGAAAGGAUGAAAGUAGGAACUGGCCCUUUAAAAGAGGAUGUGUGUGAUGCUGUAGUCACUUAUUGGGGGGUAUGCAACCUUCGCUGUGUUAGGGGCUGUAGGCCGCACGUAUACAUUGGGAUACCGGCAUAAUGCUGUAUACCAUAGCCUAGCCAUAGGUUCAAUAGACUGAACACUUUGUUUUGUUUUACCCUGGUAUAAGUUUUAUUUGUGGGACAAAAAGUACACUACAGUAUAAGUGUGGACCCACUGUGGUACUGACCCGGUUUAACUUUGGGCAACACCUCGGAGCAGUGUCUAAGUGUCCUCUAGGGCAAAGGUGCCUGACCUGCAGACCUUCAGCUAUUGCAAAACUACAUCUCCCUGUCUGGGCAUGCUGGGAGUUGUAGUUUUGCAACAGCCGGAGGGUACCAAGUCACUCCACACACAGGGUCCUUGUGUGGGUAGCGGCUAGGCCAGCAGAUUGUAAGAUACCGGUGCGUGGCAUUACUUGGUAGGCGCGGUCAUCAGCUCGUGCGCAGGGGAGAGCGGUACCCAGGGAUAAAGCAGAGACCUGGUCAAGUACAGGCAGGUAGUCCAGGCAGGCAACAAAGUUUCAAGUCAGCAAUCCAGUGAAAUAAGCAGCAGAAUCUGGAAACCUGUUCAACCAGCAUACAACCAGCAUACAACCAGCAUACAACCAGCAUACAACCAGCAUACAACCAGCAAACAACCAGCAUACAACCAGCAUACAACCAGCAUACAACCAGCAUACAAUCCAUAACAUUGUAUAUACCAUAUCCAAGACUGCACUGUCACUGCAUCCCUGUAACAUGAAUUUAUGUGUAGCGGGAAGAAUCCUGAUAUUUUAAGAAUCCAGUGUUUGAGCACCUAUAAUAAAAAAUCAGUUUGUGGACACAUCAGUCUCAGACAGUUUUAUCUUUUUGAGUCUUGGUCUGUUGGUGAGGAAAUGUCUCAAGUAGAUGCUUCAUACAGAGCUACAUGUGAUCCAGGGUCACAGAUGUCCACGUCCCAGAAGUCUGAAGAGGAAAAGCCACAAACAGGCUCCACAGAGUGUUCUGGUGAUCUGCCUACAAGCAGUACAAACAAGUUUUCUGAUGACGAAAAGUCACAAGUGGCUACCACAAACAAGUCUGAUAGAGAGGUAAAGCCACAGGUGAAUGUCAUAGAAAAAAGUGUAGAUGAGCCAGAAUCACAGACAGGUACCCCAAACAAGUCUGUAGAGCAACAUCCUCAGAUAAGCACCAUGGACAAGUCUGAUGAGCUACAGUCACAGGCAUGCACCAUAGACCUGUCAUUUGAGAAUGAUAAGUCACAUGCUGAUAAGUCACAUGCUAAUAAGGAAAUGUUGCAGGUAAAUGCUGCAGACAAAUGUUUAGCUGAGCCAGAGCCUCAGAUUGACUUUACAGAGGAAUCGUCUGUGGUGCAAGUAAGAACCACAAGCAAGCCUUUUGCUGAGAAGCCACAAUUGAACUCUACAGAGAAGUAUUCAGGUGACCUACCAAGACCACAGAGUACCACACACAGGUCUUCUAUGGAAGAGUCAAUUGUGAACACCACAGAUAAGUCUUCUGGUGAAACACCAUCACAAACCAGCACCACAGACAAGUGUUCUAGUGUGAAAAAGUUACAUAUGAGCAUCACAGACAAGUCUUUUGGAGGGGAGAAGUCACAGGCACAUAUCAUAGACAAAGCUUUAGGAGAUCCAGAGUCACAGAGAAGCGUCACAGACGAAACCCCAGCAGUGACUUCCAAAGACACAUUUUUAGAAAAGCCAGAAUCACAGACAGGUACAGCAGAAAAGUCUGAGCAAGAGCCACCAACAAGUACCACAGAGAAGUCUGGUGAUCAAGAGCCACCAACAAGUACCACAGAGAAAUCUGGUGAUCAAGAGCCACCAACAAGUACCACAGAGAAGUCUGGUGAUCAAGAGGUACCAACAAGCACAACAGACAAGCCUGGCAAGCAGGAAUCCCCAAUGUGCACCACAGAUAAGUCUUAUGAGCAAGUGUCACUAAUAGGUAACACAGAAAAGUCUAGUGGGCCAGCACCACCAACAAGCAUCACAGACAAUUCUGAUGAGCAAAAGUCACCAAUCGGCACAACAUAUAAGUCUAGUGGGCAAAUGCCACCAACAACCAUUACAGACUAUUCUGGUGAGCAAGAGUCACCCAUGGGUACCACCGACAAGUCUGGUAAAAAGUCACAGAAAACCGCCGACAAUUCAUCUGGCAAGGAAUUGCCACAAGUGAAUUCCAAAGACAAAUCUUUAGAUGAGCCAAAGUCGCAAACAGUCACAGCAGACCAGUCCGAGCAAGAACUACCAACAAGCACUGCAGACAAGUAUAGUGAGACAGCAGAAAGCACAACAGACAAGUCUGAGCAAGAGCCACCAACAAACACCACAGACAAGUCUGGCAAGCAGGAAUCCCCAAUGUGCACCACAGAUAAGUCUUAUGAGCAAGUGUCACUAAUAGGUAACACAGAAAAGUUUAGCGGGCCAGCACCACCAACAAGGAUCACAGACAAUUCGGAUGAGCAAAAGUCACCAAUAGGCACAACGUAUAAGUCUAGUGGGCAAGUGCCGCCAACAACCAUUACAGACUAUUCUGGUGAGCAAGAGUCACCCAUGGGUACCACCGACAAGUCUGGUGAAAAGUCACAUGACAAUUCAUCUGGCAAGGAAAUGCCACAAGAGAAUUCCAAAGACAAAUCUUUAGAUGAGCCAAAGUUACAAACAGUCAUAGCAGACCAGUCUGAGCAAGAGCUACCAACAAGCACCGCAGACAAGUAUAGUGAGCAAGAGCCAGCAAAAAGCGCAACAGACAAAUCAGGCAACCAAAAGUCACAGAGGAGCACCACAGACCAUUCUAGUGAGCAAGUGUCACGAGUUAGCACCACUGAAAGUAUCACUAAAAAGCAAGAAAUGGAGUUGGAUCCAACUCCGUACCUAAGGCAUAGACAGGGGUUCCAAGAAGGUGCCGCAUUCCAACAACCACCUAAAACAGUGAUUGAAGGGAAACCUGCUACAGGAUAUCAUUGGUUGAUCGGUCCAGUAGUUUCAGCCGUGGUUUUGUUUGUACUAUAUUUUGUCUUCUCAAGUAAGGGACAGCCUCCAGUCCACCAGGACUCUGUACUCGAAAUUUUUUUUAAAGAAAUUGCAAGACUCAAGAAGGAUUUCCCUGGACAGAAUGAAGGUCUGUGGUUUAGAAGUGAAAAACUACUGCAGAAACACCUAAACAUGUCUGAUCCCAGUGCACCCUCUAUCCUAAUCCUCACUGCAGCCCAGGAUGGGGAACAGACUUUACACUGUGUGAGCCAUCGCCUAGCUAAGUCCUAUGCAGACUCCCUUAGUGCCAAAUGGUUAACGGUACAUGGACCAUCCAAGUCGAACUUCGAUAGUGCCACCAGCAAAAUGCAGAUAGAUGAAGAACUAAGUUCCGGGUUUCAGUCUGGCAGUCGGGCAGCUGUAUUGUACCGCUUAGAAACAUUACCCCCUGGUUCCUUACUCAUCCUGUAUAAAUACUGCGAUCAUGAAAAUGCAGCCUUCAAAAAUGUGGCUCUGGUGCUCACUAUACUCUUGGAUGAACAGUCUCUAGAGAUGGAUCUUUCGUUCACAGAGGUGGAAGAAAAAGUGAAGGAUUUCCUUUGGGAACGAUUUGCUUACUCCGGAGUCAGCGCACAUAAUGAAAUGGAUGUAGACAAACUGAGUGGAGUGUGGAGCCGCAUAUCCCAUGUUGUUCUUCCGGUAUUGCCUGUAGGGUCCAUAGAAAGUGGUAGCUGUCCUGGAAUUUAAGACCGGCACUAGUCUUUAGCUAUAGGUAAUGCAGGUGUUGAACUUUAUUUCAUCCAAAUGUGCCUUAAUACUUCAGAAUAAUGUCAUCUAAAAUAGAUACCAGAUUGAAUCACAGAGAUGGAAAGUAACUGAUUUUAUUUUUUAUAUUAUUUUUGUUUUUAAAAACAAAUUCUAUUAAGACUGUAAAGAGACUUUUGGUUCCUCACCUGUCAUGUCUGUUGUAAUAGAUACUUGUAUUGACCCCAAAAUAACAAUCCUAGAACAUCUUUUUGUAGAAUUCUAAAUGAUGCUGUUCCUCUGCCAAUCCUUUUGGAAAUAUAGAAAUAAAUUGACAUUGUUUUUUUUUUUACCCAAUCUGACAUUGUUCAGUCUAUGCUGAGAGUGUCAUACUGUGUAGGGGCACCCUGUAUUGACAAGAUGAAUAAUAACGCCUAAUUGUCAACUUAUUUAUGCAUUUUCAGGAGGAAUAACAGAGGUAUUGGCAAAGACUGCUAAAUUCAAAUUCAAACAAACAUUUCAGGAAACCUGGAAGCUCAUCUUUUAAUUAUUAUAAUUUGAUAAGAUUCCAAUCUAUAGGAAUGAUAUGCACUAAGUUUUCUAUUUCAUUUUGAAUUGUAUCCCCUACAGAUGUGUUCUGCUUUACCUUUCCUAUAGUUACAGAUUCCAAUUUCUCAUGAAACCAAUUCAGCACAAAAUAACGUUGGAACACCCAAAAGGCUUUGUUUACGUAACAGUCACUGAGUGGGACACCUAGGGAUACACAGUACUCACUAAUAGAGUAUUUGGAGAUCAUGUUGCUGUGGGUGGCUGGUGUAAAACUCACCACAUUUUAUGCAACCCUUAAAAUGUUUGCACCAAUCAUCGGACACUUGAAGCUAAUGGAGAGAGAGGUUUAUGGCUAUUGGAAGCCAGAAGAAAAGCUGAUGAUAUUCUAUGUUGUAUUUGAAUUCAGUAGGUGCUUUAUAACGCUUUAGUAUAUCUACAGUAAUACCACAAGGCAACUGUGUGUGGUUUCUUUAUGUUUGUUAAAAGGGUACUCAGCUGCUCAGCAUUUGGAAAAAACAGUUCCGAACGCUGGAGCCGGCAUUGGGAGCUCGUGAUGUCAUAGCCCCGCCCCCUCACGACAUC